UCAUCUCAGCAGCAUGUCGCUCUUCUCCUGCUUCUCCUCCGCCGCCGCUCCCACACGCGGGCCGCCCGUCGACGUGCUGCUGCUCGGCUCGGGCUGGACGGCGACGUUCCUGCUGCCGCUGCUCGGCACCUCGUCGCUCUCCUGCGCCUGGACGACGCGCGCCGGCGGCAACGGCGCCCUGCCCUUCGACUUCGACCCGAGCAGCGACAGCUACGCGGCCUUCGAGCGCCUGCCCGACGCCAAGACCAUCGUCGUCGUCUUUCCGCUGUACGAGGCAGCGGCCGUCGAGUUCCUGCUGCGCGCCUACCGCGAGACGCGCGAGAGUGACUGCGCGCCCGGCUGGAUCCAGCUCGGCUCGACGGGCAUCUGGGACCACGGCCCGACGUUUGCGCCUGCGCCGCCCACAUACGGCACCAAGCCUCUCGCCUCCUCCUCUUCGUCGCCGUGGAAGAACCGGCAUUCUCCACACACCUCGGCGCCGCGCGCCGUGGCCGAAGACGCGCUGCUGUCGCAUUCCAACACCUCCGUGCUCAACCUCUCGGGUCUCUGGGGCCACGGCCGUUCGCCGCGCCGCUACAUUGGCGCACUGGCGCCGAGCAAGGAGAAGCUGGCGCAGCUGGGCAGCGUGCAUCUGGUGCAUGGCCUUGAUGUGGCGCGCGCGAUCUUGGCGAUGCACGUGCAGUGGGAGAAGGCGAGAGGCGAGAGGUGGCUGCUGACGAAUGAGCGUGUGUACGAUCUGUGGGACCUGUGUGCACGCUGGGGCAACGGCGGCGAAGAGGGCAGAAACCACCCUCCCGCCGGCCCACAGCCCGGCUGGGUGCAGGAGCUCAUCGCCGAGUCUCGGUCUGACCACGCUCUCGACAACGGCGGAGAGGUGGGCGAGGAGAAGAAGAAGCACAAGAAGCACCACGCGCAUCGCGAUCCCAUUCGCAGCCUGCCUCGUUCCGUCGAGCAAAUGGGCGCAGCGCUCGACGGCACCGACUUCUGGAGCACGUUUGGCCUGACGCCGGCCGUGCCUUGGGUCGACUAGGCGCGCCUUCGCCUCGCCUCUUGUCGACGAUGAACCAUCCAGCAGAGUGAGGUCGCAUCUCAAUGCUGGCUGGUGCAGCAUCGCGCGCGCCUUGCUCGUGCCUCGUACCCCGCCUUCCUUCGUCUCUCUUCCCUAAUGCCUGUGACGCGCUUCGUUCUGCGCUGCACCUCUCUCUUCGCCGCCCUUGGUCGCUCGCCUGUAGCACUGUACUUCUCUCCUCUCCCGUGCCAGAAUCGGCGUUCUCAGCCUCGCCUCCGUCUGCGCCAUCUUAGCUGCUCUCGCGACGCUGCGCUCGCACACUGGUGCUCGUCUAGUGCGCCAGUUAAAGUGCAUUGC